UUAAUUAAUGCGCAGUCGGCCUACUCAACAAAAAAGAUGACUCAGACUAUGAUCUUGUUCCACCUGAUGGUGGAUGGGGUUGGCUUGUGCUUUUGGGUUCGUGUAUGACAAACUUUCUAAUCCCUGGAACUAUUAAAAGUUUUGAAGUACUGUUUUCGGAAUUCACCGACGCUUUUAACUCUUCACCCACAAAGGCUGCCUGGAUACCGGCCCUGUGCUAUUUUCUGUACAGUUCGUUGGGUCCAGUUUCGAGCAUAUUGUCUGUAAAGUACUCUUAUCGCACAGUCACCCUUCUUGGUGGAGCAUCUGCGUCACUGGGAAUGAUACUCUCCUUCUGGGCAUCAUCUAUUGAGUACUUGUACAUCAGCUAUGGCGUUUUGGUCGGAAUUGGGGCUGGCCUUUCUUUCCCACCCACUGUCUACAUUGUGACCUCGUACUUUUCAAAGCUUCGCGGAUUAGCUAAUGGCUUGUGCAUUUCAGGCAGCGCGUUGGGCAGCAUUAUUCUUCCGCCCCUGCUUCGCUGGCUACUCGAGACUUACGGUUAUCAUGGCUCCUGCUUAAUCAUGGGUGGCAUUACUCUGAAUGUAUUUGUUGCUGCUCUUUUCUAUGAGCCUGUUGAACAGCACAUGAUUCGAGUACCUCGCAUACGCCAGGUUUUGGAAGACAUUCCUGAAGAAGAAGAUAUUGGCAUUGUGAUGAAGUUCGAAAAUGUUGACGAGUCUGCCCCAAAAAACGAGGAGACUGAUAAGCAUUUGUUACCUUGCAACUCCCCUCCGUCACCACUGUAUCCACCCGACGAUGAGAAACAGUUUGUGCGGAGCGCAUCCGCAGCGGUUGUUCAAAGUUACUUAAAGUCUGGAGACGAGUUUCAGUCUCGAUCUCGUAAGAUCAGUACCCCAGUGAGGUUACCCCAAAGAAAUCAAACUUUUACGCCUGGCCAAUUGAACUCGCAGUCUUCCUUGUACGCAGUACCCGAGGGUCGCUCGAGCUCCAACAAACUUACUCUGCGGAAUUUAUCUAAAACACGGCUGUCCAAACGCUCGCCUUCGACCAGCAGUUUUUUAUACGUCAGUACACCAUAUCAUGGGAGCACAUUGUCUUUCCAGCCGAAAGAAUUUUCCUCUCAUUUGUCGCUUCGCUCUGUGGGUAGUAGUGGAAUAGGAGGUCCUAGCGGCGACUCGACCAGACCAGAUGGAACUCAAGCUGUCGAAUCACGAGGCAAAGACAAGCAGCCACAACGAUCGAAGUUUUUCGAUCUAAGCCUUUUAAAAGAUCCUAUGUACUUGGUCAUACUUAUUUCAAAUUCUACAAAUGCCAUAAGCUAUACAAAUUUUAUAAUUUUGCUGCCCAGUUUUGGGGAAGCUAGGGGGUUUAACAAAUCAUUAUCUGCCUAUCUGCUUUCCGUUGUCUCUACGACAGACCUAAUUGGACGUAUUGGAGGAUCAGCACUUUCAGACAUGGGAUACAUACCUAAGACCUGGUACUUUGUUGGCGGCUUGUCCAUAUCGGGACUUUCCCUUGCGCUUCUACCUUUUGCAUGGGCUUACAGUUCAGUAUGCUUCUGGUGCGCACUGUUUGGUCUAGCAUCCGGAAUCUACGUCGGAAUCACUGCCGUGAUUAUGGCAGACAUGCUUGGCACGGAAAGAUUGACUUCAUCCUAUGGUAUAAGCCUUUUUGUCAAUGGCUUGCUGCAGUUGGUUGGGCCGCCGCUGUGUAACUACUGGUUCGAGGCGGUUAAUGAUUAUAAUCCUCUUUUCCACGCCCUGGGCUUGACGCUCUUAGCUUGGGCCAGCCUUUGGAGUUUUAUGCCAUGGAUUAGUCGUCGCAGAGCCAAAACGUUAGAACAACUAGAUGCAGAUAUCGAAGAAGACGCUGUCGAUAGCUACUAAACGGGAGGAAAACUCUCGUAUUAAACAACGUACAAUAACAGUUAGACUUUAAGCUUACAAUGCCGUAUUAACAAUGAUGAAUAUAUGUGGGCAUGCCUUAUACGGCCAGGACUAUGAGAAAAAAUCAAUAUUUUGGAAACCAAUGAUUUGUACUUCAGCUUAGUCGUAGUUACUAUUACGUAUAAUAAAAUUAUUGUUUCCUUAACAUCAACUUUAUAAUAGCAAGGCCUUAUAAAAAUAAAAUAAAGGAUUUUAUAACUA